UGGUUGUCUGACUGAUUCUCUCUGCCUGCUUCUCUUCAGACUGACGAUGGCUCAAGCCCUGCUAUGUGGAUUACAGGACGAGUUCACCUGCUCGCUGUGUCUGGAAACCCCAACAGACUCUGUGUCACUGCAUUGCGGUCACAGAUUCUGUCUGGAUUGCCUCAUGGACUGCUGGGAGAAGAGCCAAGUGUGCAGAUGUCCUCAGUGUAGACACAUCUUCACCACAAAGCCUGAAUUUUACAGAAAAAUUGUGCUGAGUGUCCUCAAGAAAUUCAAUGAGACAAGACUCAGUUCUCCUCCAUUUCAGAAAUAUGCUGGCCCUGAAAAUGUGGUGUGUGGCGCCUGCACUGGGGAGAAGUGCAGAGCAAGAAGGUCGUGUGUGACCUGCGUGGCCUGCUACCAUCAGAUUCACUUUCACUUUAAAAUAGCAGCCUUGAUGCACAAGAAUGUGGUUCAUCGAAUUGGAGCUAAAAAGAAGAAACUCUGUGCAAAACAUCAGAAAUGGUUGUAUUUUUAUUGUAAAACUGAUCAUAUGUGUAUCUGCUUGAUGUGUGCAGUGACUGAACAUAACGGGCAUGAAAUGGUUGAGCUGGAGAUGGAAAUAAAUGAAAAAGAGAGACAGCUGGGGGCGACAGUGAGUAAAAUCAAGAGGAGUCUUGAGGAGAAAGAGAAGACACUGAUGGAGACGAGGAAGGUGGUGAAGCAGAUGAAGGAAAAUUUGAAGCGCUUCACUGAUCUGAUCCAGUGCUUUGAAGAAGCCCAUGAGACACCGGCUGAGAGGAUCAGAGAACAAGAGAAGGAACAAAUAGAGAAGGCUGAAGGAGUCAUAGAACAAUUAGAGAGGGAGACUGAGGAGCUGAAGAAGAAAGAUGCUGAGCUGAUGGAGCUUUCAGACACCAAGGACCACGUCCACUUCAUGCAGACUUUCUCAUCUCACUGUGUCCUUCUUGCUGAUGAAGAUUCACUCAGCUUCGCCGUCACUGCUGAUUUCUCUUUUGACGACCUGAGAAAGGAGCUCUCAUGUCUGAAGAAGAGUGUGGAGAUGAUCAGCGAGUGGGACAUCAUGACAUUGACUCCCUCAGGUUGGGAAGCUCCGCUUUUUGUCCUGUGGCCUCCUGAACCUCAGAGCAGAGAGGAGUUUUUACUGUACUUUUGUCCACUCAUACUGGAGAUCAACACGGCACAGUGUGUCCUCUGUCUGUCUGAAGGGAACAAGAAGGUGACCCGCGAGAGGAAAGUGACCAUAUAUCCUGAUCAUCCUGACAGAUUUGAUGGCUGGCAACAAGUUCUGUGCAGAGAGGCUCUGACUGAGACUCGCUACUACUGGGAGGUGGAGUGCACUGGACAUUUUAUGAUGAUAGGAGUCGCAUAUAAAGGACUGAGCAGGAAAGGAAAAGGCAGGGAGUGCAUCAUUGGAUACAACGACAAGUCCUGGAGUUUGCAGUGGUCUCAUUCCCAGUACUUUGUGUGUCACAAUAACAUGCGGACUGUAAUCAGCGCCCCCUACAGCCCCAGAAUAGGUGUGUAUCUGGACUGGCCUGCCGGCUCACUGUUAUUUUAUAGCAUCUCACACACAAUGACCCUCAUGCACAGGUUCAACACCUCCUUCACUGAGCCGCUAUACCCGGGGUUUUGUCUUGGUACUGACUCCAGUGUAACAAUCUGCCAUCUGACACCAUUUGACCACUGACCAGUACCCUCCACCAGUCACUUAAUGUCCCCACAAGCGUAGGUACUGUUUGUGUUUGUAGUUUGGUGUGAAAAUGAAUUUGACAGGAUGGGUGGGGGGGCAACACGUCUGACUGAUUUUGGGGAUGAGGAUACAGGAUAAGUGAAGUUUUCAGGGUCUCCAUUAUUAGUGAGUUUGAGUAGCCAAUCAGGUGUGUGUGUCAUAGUGAGGGGUGGAGAUACCUUAGACCUACCAAUACCAGUCUGACCAGCAGGGGUCACCAUUGACUCGCAGCCACAUGUCCUUCAGGCUGAUAUCCUGUUGGGGGCGGGGCCACUUGACACUGCAGCUGGAGCUCCGCCCACAGGAGUAUUUAAGAAGAAGCUGCAGAUGAAAGAGCCGCUGCAACGCUGAGCUUUGUCCUGUCUUGUGGACUCAGCUUUACAUUUUGAGUUUUGGUGGUCCUGUUUUGUCCUCUUCUCUUGUCAGGAUGUCCUGCCUCUGCUUUAUCAUUGUUGCAUGUUGUUCCCUUCAGGUUUCUUUUUAUUUUUUACCUGCCUUUAUUCUGUAAGCAUUUUUUAAUUGCUUAAUUUUUCGAAAUAAUUAUUUAAAUAUUAAGUAAGCUCUGCUUGGUUUUA